CUCUCUCUCUCUCUCUCUAGAGCAAAACCCACGAACUGAAUCAACACUCUCUCUCUACCUCCAUGGCGAAAGGUGGCAAGCUCACCAAGCUCAGGUCCGUCCUCAAGAAGUGGAACUCCCUCGGCCGCGCCAGCAGCGGCGCCGCCUCCAGCCGCCGCAGCAACAUCUCUGCCGUCUCCGACGACUGCGGCGACUCCUCCCCCACCGCCGCCUCCGCCGCCGCGGCCGCCGCCUCCGACCUCCACCCCGUCUACGUCGGCAAGUCCCGGCGCCGCUACCUCAUCGGGUCCGCCGUCCUCCGCCACCCCCUCUUCCGCGAGCUCGUCGAGCGGUCCUCCUCCUCCUCCCCCGGCGCCGCCCCCGACGAGGCGGCCAUCACCGUGGCCUGCGAGGUGGUGCUGUUCGAGCACCUGCUGUGGAUGCUCGAGAACGCCGACGACCCCCAGCCCGAGUCCAUGGACGAGCUCGUCGAGUUCUACGCUUGCUGAGUCAACGCGGCCUCCCCGACUCGGCGCCGGCGCGACGUCGUAUAAGAAGCUGUAUAUUCUAUCCCGAGGGUUAAUAACGUGAUUAGCUGGGCGUAGUAGAAGAUUAAGCAAUGCUGAGCAGCAAUACUAAGAGACACCGAUAGAGAAAACGCAUCGCACUCGCUGAGUCGCUCUUGACUCAGCGAGCGAGCGAGCGAGGAUUUUAACCUAUUUUUACUCCGGCUGAUCUCGAUUCCGGAUGGCCGGCUAGGAAAGGAUUAAUUGGGAUUGAUAUGCAAAUUUGGACUCUUGUUAAGUUAUAUUGAAGGCGAUUUUCAUUUCGCAUUGCCAA